AUGCACCUGGCCUUGCAGGAGGGCCCCAUGAACGUGCUGGAGGCAGGGGCCCUGCAGCAGCAGCAGGUGUUGCUGAAGGGCUGCGGAAGCGGCGCGGGGGGUGCAGGGCGCGUGCACAGCAUCGACGUGAUCCUGGGAUUUAGCAGGGAUCAGGACUCGCUCCUGGGCCCCCUGCAGGUGCCCGGCCUCGCGGCCAGCAAAAGCAGCGCGAGCAGCCUGGGGGAGGCCAGCAGAGCGGAGCAGCUGCCGGUUCCCUGCAGCGCCCAGCCCCUGGGCUCGCACCCGGAGGAGGCGGCUCUGUACGAAGCCAACAUGUUCCUAAAUAAAUGCGAGGGAGAGCUGAGUGAGCUGCGGAAGAACGUGGACAGCGAGGGCACCACGCCAGAGAACACAGAGGAGGAACAGCCCAAGAAGAAACAUCGCAGGAACCGCACAACCUUCACCACCUACCAGCUGCAUGAGCUGGAGAGGGCCUUUGAGAAAUCCCACUACCCAGACGUCUACAGCCGGGAGGAGCUGGCCAUGAAAGUCAAUCUGCCGGAAGUCAGAGUGCAGGUGUGGUUUCAGAACAGACGUGCCAAGUGGAGGAGGCAAGAGAAAAUGGAAGCCAGUUCGAUGAAACUCCACGACACCCCCAUUUUGUCCUUCAACAGGCCCCCAGUGACCGCCAACGUUGGGCCCAUGAGCAACUCCUUGCCUCUGGACCCUUGGCUGACUUCCCCCAUCUCCAGCGCUACCUCAGCCCACAGCAUUCCAGGAUUCAUGGGGCCCACCCAGGCCCUGCAGCCCGCCUACGCCAGCCACUCCUUCCUCAACACUGCGCCUCCCAUGGCUCAGCCCAUGCAGCCCAUGGCACCCACGCCGUACCAGUGCGCCACCCCCUUUGUGGACAAGUACCCUCUGGAAGACGUCGACCAGAGGAGCUCCAGCAUCGCGUCCCUACGGAUGAAAGCCAAGGAGCACAUUCAGACCAUUGAUAAAACCUGGCAGCCUAUUUGAUUAAUGAUGCCCCCUCCUAUCCUCCUGCAACUCUCCCGUCUCCUGCUCCCACCAGGCUGGCUACUCUGCAUCCUGGGUUGCUCAGAAUGGAUCUUGGAUGUUGGUGUUUCCCUAAGGGGACUGCCAGGCCUCCCCAUGCAGCACCCUGUCUGGCUGCUACCAAACGUCCCAAGCCAGAGCUCAGCGCAGCGAGGCAGGGCAGGAAUCCGCCCCACAUACGGCUACAUGUUAGAAGGGUCUCGGGGUUGAACUGAUUGGCAUCAUGAGCAAGGAAGCAGACAUGGACACUAGUGAAUGGGUGGCACGGCCGAGAUCUUGCGUAAAGGAGACGA